AUGAGUUCUUCAAGUACAGAGUCCUUUGAAGUUGAAAUCUCAACCUUAUAUGACUAUUACGAUAAUUAUAACGAUGCUCCAAAACCAUGCAGUAAGGAAAGUGUCAAGAGGUUUGCAGCCUCCUUCCUACCCGUUCUGUAUACCCUAGUAUUCCUGGUCGGGCUCAUGGGAAACAUUCUGGUCAUUGUGGUCCUCUUCAAAUACAAGAGGCUGAAGAGCAUGACUGACGUGUACCUACUAAACCUCGCCAUCUCAGAUUUGCUCUUCGUUUUAUCCUUGCCAUUCUGGUCUUAUUUCACAGUAGACCAAUGGGUUUUUGGAACUCCCUUGUGUAAAAUCAUUUCAUGGAUCUACCUGGUUGGGUUUUACAGUGGGAUAUUUUUUAUUAUGCUUAUGAGCAUAGACAGAUACCUGGCAAUUGUUCGUGCAGUGUUUUCCUUGAAAGCAAGGACUGCCUUCCAUGGCUUGAUUACUAGCCUUGUUGUAUGGCUAGUAGCUCUUUCAGCCUCCGUUCCAGAACUCGUAUUUAGAGAAUCUUUUAACGAACAUAAUUAUACUACCUGCAAGCCGAGAUAUCCAGGCAAUUUCACGACAUGGAAACUUUUUUUCACUUUGGAAAUCAACAUUUUAGGGCUCCUAAUCCCUUUUAUAGUUAUGACAUUUUGCUACUCCAUGAUCAUUAAAACGUUAGUUCACUGUAGAAACGAGAAAAAGAAUAAGGCUGUGAGGAUGAUCUUUGCUGUCAUGAUCGUGUUCUUCUUCUUUUGGACCCCUUACAACAUUGUUAUUUUCUUACAACUGCUGGAAAUUACAGGAGUCAUUAAGGACUGUCAAGUGAGCAGGAAUCUGGACUAUGCUUUCCAGGUAACGGAAAUCCUUGGCCUUUUUCACUGUUGCCUCAAUCCAGUCAUCUACUUCUUCAUGGGGGAAAAAUUUAAGAAGUACCUGAAGAUGCUCUUUAAGAACUGGCGGUUACCUGGAGAUAUUUGCAAGUGGUGUGGAGUUCACAUCACUUACCACACUGAAUCUACCAGUUCAUUCCACACACAAUCCACGGGGGAUCAAGACGCUCUGUAA